GUCCAUCACCAUUCACCACACCACCCCUGCGUCCAAACACUUCCUUUUAUAUUUUGCUAUAUUCCACGCCUGUCUCAGUGCCUGUGCCUCUUCCAUCUUCUUCUUACAUUUCACUGAAGACUCUCUCCCUCUCUCCGUCACUCUGUCUCUCUCGCUCUGUCCCGUCUGUUCUUCUCGUUGACUCAUUGGAGAAUUGUUUGACACAUUUUAGACCAUCAGAACGCGAGAGAUCAGCAAAAGGGUCUUUCACUGGAGCAAUUCCAAUAUCAUUAACCCCAGUAGUCAGCAAGCCAUUUACAAGACUAGACAAUUGCAAUGGAUACCAUGACUUUCAACUCACAGCGUUGCCAAUUUUCAAUUAAAUUGUGGCCCCCUAGCCAAAACACAAGGCUAAUGCUUGUGGAACGAAUGGCCAAUAAUCUUUCAACUCCAUCUAUCUUCACCAAGAAGUAUGGGAGUCUAAGCAAAGAAGAAGCCACCGAAAAAGCCAAACAAAUUGAAGAUGUGGCUUUUGCCACUGCAAACCAACACUAUGAAAGGGAGCCAGAUGGUGAUGGCAGUUCUGCUGUGCAGCUUUAUGCUAAGGAGUGCAGUAAGCUCAUCCUGGAAAUUCUUAAAGGAGGCCCUAGAGUGGCAGGGAGAGAGACAAUGACAUCUGAGGGAGCUACUGCACAUCAUGAGACAGUUUUUGAUAUAUCUAAAGACCAACGAGCUUUUAUUGAAGCAGAGGAGGCUGAGGAGCUUUUAAGGCCACUGAAGGAGCCAGGAAAUUCCUACACUAAAAUAUGUUUCAGCAAUAGAAGCUUUAGCUUAGGUGCAGCUCGUGUUGCUGAGCCCAUCUUGGUUUCCCUCAAGGACCAGUUGAAGGAUGUAGACUUGUCUGAUUUUAUUGCAGGAAGACCUAAGGCAGAAGCUCUUGAAGUCAUGAAUGUAUUCUCAGUGGCCUUGGAGGGUUGCAUCUUGAGGUCUCUGAAUCUUUCAAAUAAUGCCAUGGGCGAAAAAGGUGUUUGGGCAUUUGAGGCACUUCUGAAAUCGCAGAAUAGCUUGGAGGAGCUGUAUCUAAUGAAUGAUGGCAUCUCAAAGGAAGCUGCACAGGCAGUUUGUGAGUUAAUUCCUUCCACAGAGAAGCUUAAGAUCCUUCACUUUCACAAUAAUAUGACUGGAGAUGACGGGGCUCGUGCUAUUUCUGAGGUUGUAAAAUGUUCUCCCAUUCUAGAGGAUUUUCGAUGCUCUUCUACAAGGGUAGACUCCGAAGGUGGGGUUGCUUUAUCCGAAGCACUUGAGAUAUGUACCCAUCUGAAGAAGCUGGAUCUGAGGGACAAUAUGUUUGGUGUAGAAGCAGGAGUUGCUCUGAGUAAAGCUCUUUCUAAGCACGCAGGUCUAACUGAGGUUUACUUGGGUUACCUGAAUUUGGAAGAUGAGGGAGCAAUUGCCAUAGCAGGUGUUCUUAAGGAAUCAGCUCCUUCACUUGCAGUGUUGGAUAUGGCUGGAAAUGAUAUAACUGCUGAAGCGGCUCCUACUCUAGCUGCUUGUAUAGCAGCUAAGCAGCUUCUCACCAAAUUGAAUUUGGCUGAGAAUGAACUCAAGGAUGAAGGUGCUAUUCAGAUCAGCAAGGCAUUGGAAGGUCACAUGCAGUUAAAGGAGGUUGAUAUGAGCACAAACUCAAUUAGGAGGGCUGGGGCUAGGCUCUUGGCUCAGACUCUGGUGCAGAAGCCUGAAUUUAAGUUGCUAAACAUGAAUGGAAAUUUCAUUUCUGAUGAAGGCGUCGAUGAAGUCAAGGAUAUAUUUAAGAAAUCCCCCAACAUGCUUGGGUCCUUGGAUGAGAAUGAUCCUGAAGGAGGAGAUGACGAGAAGGAACUUGGAGAGGAAGGUGAAGGUAACGAGGAUGAAUUAGAAUCAAAACUGAAGGGCCUAGAUGUCAACCAGGAGUAGAGUUCUCUUAUGUCAGGUAUCGUGUCAUGUAUUUUAAUUUUUAUAAUUUGCCUGGGGAAAGCUUGUCUGAAAUAAUUUUGUAACUACUGUUCGGAUCUGACUGCUUUGUUGAAUUUUAGUGCAUGAGCAGGGCCAGUGGCAGUUAGUUGAUCGGAAGUAUAAGUGUUCUUUCCCCUAAUCGGUAGUCUAGGCUCGAAAGGAUUGGUUUUUAGCAGGGUCAUUGUCAUUUAGAUUAGAUCUGCUGUGGCUAAUGUUGUCAUUGACCCGAGAAUGAAUUGCUCCAUUGCCCCUAUAGAUGUUUUCUUUAAAGAA